GGAACCUUCCUUACCGUAAAAAGCUGGAAACGUCCAAAAAGCCAAUCGAUGAAUCCAUCUUCAUACCCAUAAGCGACUCGGAGCCAGAUUCCCCCGAACUGUUGCCCUCGUCCCAGAAUCCGAUUGUUCCGGGAGCGAGAGGGUUAUCUCAGCAACAAUCUCCAGCCAGUGUCGGGAAGGAGUCAUCGAUUCCCGCAGCCAAAUGGGAAAAGAAAAUCAUACCUGGGCUGCUGUCACAAACAUCCUCAGCGGAAUCCCAGAACCCACUGCAAUCUGUGGGUGAAAUGUUGGCUGAAGGUGAAUCUUCUGCCUACGUCUCGGCCGGCGGUACCGUAUCCUCAACAGUCAGCGGCGAAGAGCACCCGCCACCAGAGUCGAGCCCCAGUGGAAGCCCUCUAAAGAAAAAGAAAAAAGUGUGUAGAAGGAGGGACCCGGUAUACCAACCUCGACUCGUACUAAGAGAUUCCCCCGGCAUUGUUGGGUUGCGUACUCGUUCCAAGAAACAGUCGAUCCAAGACGAAGAGAAGGCAGUUAUAUCAGAAAUAAUGUCAAGAUUCCGGCAUGUCGAGAAACAGAAGGACUUGGAAGAACAACAAAAGCAGCAAUUACACGCUUCUGCACCUCCAAAAAGCCCGCAGAAAAGCCCGCCAAAAAGCCCGCCAAAAAAGGAGUAAGAUUCUCGGAUGAAAACCUGAAGCUCCAUUUAAAUUUGAUCGUUUUAUUUUCCUUAACUUUACUCGAACUUGCGUACCUCCAACGUAAAGCUUAAAAAUGAUGGUUUAUUUAUUAUACUUCACUUUUCCCGAACUUGCGUAGCUCCAACGUAAAGUUUAAAUAUGAUCGUUUUAUUCUACCUAACUUUUCCCGAAUUUGCGUACCUCCAACGUAAAGUUUAACGGAUCUUCUACUUUUUACAAUGUUUACAAAAUAUUUACACUACGUUAAAUCUCAUUUGUAAUUUGUAAUGGUUGGGGCCUCAUUCCGCCGUUCACUUGACAUAGUUUCAUGGAAAACAUACCGAUUCCUUAGGAUGUAACGGUGUAUUAUGUUCUUUUCCUUUUCCAAUGGGCAUUUACUUUCAACAUCAGCCGCUUCAGCUGUACCCACAUUCGGAAGAAAACCUGAAGGCCCAUUUAAAUAUGAUCGUUUUAAUUUACUUAACUGUUUCCGAUUUUUGCGUACCUCCAACGUAAAGUUUAAAUAUGACAGUUUUAUUUUACUUAACUUUUCCCGAAUACGCGUAGCUCCAACGUAAAGUUUCAAUAUGCUCCUUUUAUUUUAUUUAAAAUUUCCCGAAUUCGCGUAGCUGCAACGUGAAGUUUAAUUAUGAUCGUUUUAUUUUACUGAACUUCUCCCGAAUUUGCGUACCUCCAACGUAAAGUUUAACGGAUUUUCUACUGGUUACAGUGAUUACAAAAUAUUUGCACUACGUUAAAUCGCAUUUGUACCCUAUAAUGGUUUCCGCAUUAUUCCACCGUUCACCUUAACCUUACGAUGUAACUGUGUAUUAUGUUCUUUCACUUUUUCAAUGGGUAGUUACUUUAAAUGCGACGACGCCUACAUCGGCCGCUUCAGCUGAGCCCACAUUCGGAAGAAAACCUGAAGGCCAAUUUAAAUAUAUGUAUUUAAUUUACCAAACUGUUUCAGAUUUUUGCGUACCUCCGACGUAAAGUUUAAAUGUUAUCCUUCUAUUUUACUUAACUUUUCCAGAAUUUGCGUAGCUCCAACGUACAGUUUCCAUAUGAUGUUUUUAUUUCAUUUAAAUUUUGCCGCAUUUGCGUAGUUCCAACGUGAAGUUAAAAUAUGUUCGUUUUAUUUUACUUAAUUUUAUCCGAAUUUGCGUAGAUUCAACGUAUAGUGUAACAGAUUUUCUACUUUUUACAGUGUUUACAAAAUAUUUACACUACAUUAAAUCUCAUUUGUAUUCUAUAAUGGUCGUCGCCUUAUUCCACCCUUCAUCUACAUAGUUUCAUGUAAAACAUUUCGAUUCCUUACGAUGUAACCGUGUAUUAUGUCGUUUUCUUUUUCCAAUGGGCAUUUACUUUAUAUGCGUGGACGCCAACAUUAGCCGCUUCAGCUGAACCCUCAUUACUCCUGAACGGAAAAUAAUGACAUUACAACAUAAAGUUACCUUACCCAACACAACAAAAUCCUAUCCGGCGAAACAAUCAUUCUUUCCGGUAUAAUAUAUACAGCUACGUUUCUUAAAUCGGCUCUAGA